AUGUUGUCUUACAUAACUAAACUUGAAGAUCUAUCAGCAGAAAUAUUAAUGAUUACAUUUGAAUAUAUGGGAGAUAUUUAUAAUGUUUUUCAAGCAUUUUUCCAUCUUAAUCAACGUUUGAACGAUAUCAUUCUUCAUCCACGUUUACAUACAUGCAUCAAUUUAACAUAUGAAAAUGAACAAAAAUCAAUAUAUUAUCAUAAUGUUAUUUUACCAAUAGUAAAACCGUUACAAUUAACUAUUAAAAAUAAUACACCAGAUGAACUGAUCAAUUUUAUUUUUAUGGACAGAUUGCCACAACGUCUUCGUUCAUUUACACUCUUCAACGUAUCAGACGACCAAUUAAAGUCUCUGUUAGUCAGUGAACAAUUACCAUUUCUAACUGAUUUAUAUAUUCAUCUUACACGUCUAAUUGAUGAAACAAUAUUCCUCUAUAUUUUACAAUUACCAUUAUUAGAAAAUUGUUCAUUCUAUUUUAAAUAUCAUGCUCCUUCUCAAAUUGUAUUAUCACUUCCGUCUACAAUUGUAUCAAAUAUUCGUCAAUUACGUUUAUCAAGUUUAAAACCAUCAUGUUUAAAUAUUCUUUUAUCUCAUAUGCCAAAACUCACUUGGUUGACAAUUUCAGUAUUAAGAGAUAUGCAAGAAUAUUUACAAAUAUUUUCACGAUUAACACAUUUAAAAAUAAAUGUUUGUUCAAUGCCAUUUCAACAUUUACAAGAUAUGUUAUGUUGCAAAGAACUUGAUCAAUUAAAAUUAUUUGAACUUAGUGGUUUAGUACGUGAAUGGCAAUUUAUUACGGGUGAAAAUUGGGAACGUUUAAUGUCAUCAUUAUCAUCAACUACAAAAUUAAAACAAUUUAAAAUUCAAAAUCUUCAUUUCUAUUCUCUUUUUUAUGUACAAUUUGCAGUAUUGAAAUUACAAUUAGAAGUAUUACAAGCAAAUGAUUAUUUAAGACAACAAAAUUUCAAAGUAUCGUAUGACGAAGGGUCGGAUAUAUUCAUGACCUGUAAUUUUAUUCUACAACGUCAAUAA